AUGACGGAAUCGACAGUUCUGUCACAAUCCACUGACCAUCAGUCAGUGAAUAAGAAACGUUGCGUUGUUAUUACAGCACGUGUACAUCCUGGUGAAACACAAGGAAGUUGGAUGAUGAAAGGUUUAAUUGAAUUUCUUAUAAGCGAAGAUCCAGAUGCAAAGAUAUUACGAUCUAAUUUUGUGUUCAAAUUAGUGCCAAUGUUAAAUCCUGAUGGAGUAAUUGUUGGCAAUUAUCGUUGCUCUUUAUCCGGUUGUGAUUUAAAUCGAAAGUAUACAUCGAAUUUGAAGAAAUUCUUUCCAACUAUUUGGCACACUAAACAUAUGAUUAUUGAUAUCAUGAAACAAUAUGAAGUAGUCGUUUACUGUGAUCUCCAUGGACACAGUCGACAACAACAAAUGUUUAUUUAUGGAUGUAAAGGUGAAACACCUGAACAACGUUAUUGUUCACGCAUUUUUCCGGCUAUGUUGGGCAAAAAUAUACCUGAAUUAUUUAACUUUGACAAGUGUAAAUUCUCUGUUCAAAAAGAAAAAGAAGGGACUGGACGAAUUGUGAUGUGGAGAGAGGGGAUUAUGAAUAGUUACACUUUGGAGGCAACAUUUUGUGGUACAGCUGGUAAUGAUCUAGAAGCAGGUUAUCAUUUCAAUUCAUUCGAUUUUGAAAAAAUUGGAUCACAUUUCUGUGAUACACUAUUGGAUUAUAUUGAUCCUGAUAAUCAGAAGAUAGAAUACAUCCAACAGUAUUUAAAGGAUCGUGUUGUUUCAUCGAAAAAGUUGAAACGAAGUGGAUCUGGAGAAGAUGAUGAUGAUGGACUUACUUCAGAUGAUUCAAUGAGUGACAGCAGUGAUACUGGUUCGGAUAGUUCUAAUUGUGAUGAAUUGCCUGCAUAUUAUGCCUAUCUUUUGCAAAAACCCAAGAAGAAAAUCAAGCGUAAAUCACGGACAUCAUCUUUGAAAAGCAGUGAAAAGGUUAAACUGGUCAAUAAAAAGGUGACAGAACCUAGAAAGGAUAGCCGUACCGGUGGUCACUGUGCAGUAUGUCAGAAGGGGAUAAAAUCAUCUGAAGAGUCUUCCAAAACAAGAAAACAAACAGAUGAAAAGGUACAGUUGACAAAUACGUUUAAAUCACAGUUUGGUAGAAAGAUAAUGCAGGAUUUCAUCAUGAGGUGA